AUUUAGAAAAUAAUGACGACAUUUAUUCACAAGCCUCUUUACCACCAUCUGAUCUUGAUCAAAUAGAAAAGCAAUUUAAAAUUGCUAUUUAUGACUUUUUGAAUAAAUAUUGGUAUGAUUUUCGUGAAGUUGGAUUAGUAGCUACCCUUUUAGACCCCGGACCAAAAGAAUUGCAACAAACAUCGUCAACAGUUACUGAAAUAAUGCAAAAUCUAUUUUUUGAAGGUAUUUUUGGAGUACAGGAUCAAGAAGAUAUACCUUUAGAUGAGAUGGCACAAUAUCUGAAGAUUACCCCUAUUAAUAAUUAUAAUGUCAAUCCUUGA